CAGUGUCCCGUUAUCCCAUUGUCUUGCGUCAAUGUCGACCUUCACAUUAGGGUUUUCAAGCUGAAGCAGACCAACAACCUCAAAACACAGCGACGCGUAUGUUCUCGUCACAUAGCAGCCUUUACUAUCCCUUGAAUAUUGAUAGACCGACUGAGGUACGAGCACUGGCUCCUUCUAUCUUUGUCGGGGGUGCGAUAGACGUUCGCAGCUAGAAUACUCCUGACUGUGUGCGUCUCUUGGCAUCCUCCACGAGAUGAGGCCUAGACCAUGAUUCCGCCAUGAUUUACUCAUUCUGCUCAAAAUACAAUAGUCUCCAUUUCAUCAGCACCAGAGAGUAUUCACAAGCACCUUCUGCCCCAUGAACCGAACCCAGAUAGCCGUCGAAGCCUCAGCACCUUGGAACUCAAAGGUGACUUCCCAUACAGUUGCUCCCUUCAAGCUUCAUCUCGAAACACGCUACGAUGCCGCGGAGAACCAGAUCAAGCAAGAGACCGCAUAAGCACCGCCAAGAAAACUUUGAGCCGACUCUCAUCCCCGCCCAGAGCCACGCUGUCGACGAAACGCACCAUCAACACCGGUCACGAAAAGACAGAAAACCAGCCAGGGGAUGCCGGAGCUCGUCCGUACCGUACAAGCCCUCGAGAAAGCAACGCCACGACAGGCACACUCGCCGCACCGUCAUUGAGAUGGAUACGGAUGGCGACUUCACCAUGCUGCCCACACCCCCAGCCUCACCAGAGACUCCAUCCCUCACUUGCACAACCGCCCACAAAGACAGCAUCAUAAAUACGGGCGUCGCCAGCAGCCGUGACAGAUGCUCCAACCCAGAGAGUUGCGUCUCUCUAAGGUCUUCAAGAGUCUUUCCCGGAGGUUCCUCCACGGCAGCCCAGCAGUCUCCCGGCGACACGACUUUGAAGAAUUUCCGAUUUCGACAUUAUUUACUUUCUAUGCUUGACCAGCAGCGUGCCGCCGUUGAGUUGUGGGCCGAUAGCGUUGGUGCUGGAGGGCCCGCGGAGCCAAUGGACUGGCAGCCAGAGCAGGAGCGGAUCGUCUAUAUUGCGCGGGAUCCCGUGGAGUACGGGUGUUAUGAGGAUCGGUGGAGAAUGGAUCGUAUGUUGCUAGAGGGAUGGCGGCAACAGCAGAGCAUGUUGGCAGCGGCAGCAAUGUCGACGCCGGUCAUGGUGCAGCCUGAGCUGGGGUUAUGGACCGGUGAUACGCGUCUUGGUGGGCCGACAGUGCCGGUAGUGUGGGGGGAUUCUGCACCUGAGUUAUGCUUUCUCGACGAGAUUGAGUGAAGUCGUGGGAGGUUGUGUAACUAGA